AUGGAUCACGAACGGUCGUCUUCUGACGAGCCUCCCGCGAAGAAACAGCGCGUUCUCGCUUGCAGGCGAUGCCGAAACCGCAAGCAAAAGUGUGAGGGGAACCGGCCCUGCACGAAUUGCGUCAAAUCGGGGGACGAAUGCAUCCCAACAGCUCCGGCGCCACGGUCCAACUCGGAGCCUGAGUAUGUCAGGGCGCUGGAGGAAAGAAUCGCGGAGCUUGAAGCUCGAGACCCCCAUCAGAGUCAGGAUCAUCUGGUCGCCAACUCCAUCCUCGUCAACGGCAAUGGAAAUGGAAACGGGGGACAAACUCCGCCUCCGCCUCUUCGUCGGCUCACGCAGACCAGCGCGCACAGCACAAACGGGCGACCGGUGUUGACGCACCCUGAGGCGGCUGGCCAGAGGAGACGAUCUGAAGCUAUCGACUUCUCAGCUUCUGGCGGUGAUGCACAUUCACUGUCUCCCGUCAACCAAUCGCAGACGCGACGAACUCAUAUCCACCGGUCGCCUGGCGAUGCCUUCUCUCUCACGGGAGACGAUGACUCCGAUGAGGACCUCGGGCAUCUCAUCUACGGCCUCGUGACGUCUCCGUCGGUGCGAGAUGACGGCCAUAAUGCCCCUGGCAAGUCGCCAGGCUUUCCGACCAGCUCGUUCCGCGAAGGCGACUUCCUCCCUCAAGUAUUUAUCGCUGCCAUGCCCCAGGAGGUGGAAGAUAUGCUUCUCGGCGCAUACCGCGGACGCAUCCAGGCGACGUAUCCGUUUCUACACUGGGAUACCUUCUUGUCAUGGCUGGAAGACUGGAAGUCCUGUUCACCCGCCGACAGAGAAGCUCAGUCCUGGCAAGGCUUCUUUGCCAACCUAGUUUACUCAACCGCGCUGCUAGUCCUCGCCCUUCCAAGGAUCGGAACGGACGCAAGAACAUUCUAUAAAAAUGGCAUCUCCUUAUUGCCUCAUGUCUUUCGUCAACAUUCACCUAUCUUACACGCUCAAGCUUACUUGCUGCUUAGUGCACAUGCGCUACACAGAAGCUCUACUCCCCGUAUCCUAUCCAUUGUCUCAACGUCAAUGCGCUAUUGUAUCCAAAAUCAGUUUCAUCUUGACGAGGCAGAGCCGGUACCGACUACCCCCGAUAUUCGAUUACAGAACCAGCUCCGACGCCGAUGCUUCUGGUCCGCCUAUUGCUUAGACCGAAUGAUCGUGGCGUCCUUCGAGCUGCCCCCGUCUAUAUCGGAUUUGAUGAUCACAACCAAGUUGUAUUCGAACAUAAGCGAUGAAGAUCUUGAGGCUAUAGCUGCGCAAACACCUGCCGAAAACGAAUUGCCAGAUUCGCCCACAUAUACCUGUGUAUCUUCGGCUUUACAUAUUCUUCAGUGUCGCAGGAUUCAGUCGGAAAUCUCUGGGUACACUCUGCGAUGGGACUAUAAAGAGCGUUAUGAACAGGCCACAGAGUGGCGAAUACGUAUCCUAAGCGAACUCGAAACCUACAAGUCUCGUGUUCAGAACUUUUCCGAUCCACUAUCUAAAGGACACACUUCUCAUCGGUGGCUUGCCAUGAUAUACCACUACACCCUUCUCACAUUGUACCGCCCUACCAAGGAGACCGUGCUCGGGGCUGCCGGAGACUGGUCGAUACAAGCGAGCAGCCAAGCGAGUCUUGCCUUCCGAAAAAGCCAAAUGGAUCGCCAGAUUGCCCAAGGUUGGGUAGGGCUUUUGGUUCAAUUUCAGUCUGGAGUAACUCUACUUUACUGUUGCUGGGCCACACCUCCAGAAUACCGCACUGAGAGUUACGACUCACCUGACGUCUCUGAUGCCCUCCGGGCAUGUUCAAAUAUACUGGCCAUCAUGACGGAUCGCUGGCCCAGGGCGGACUGCCUUCGAGAUGUAUUUGAGCUCCUCGCUCGAGAGAUCCCAUUAGUCGACAGGCCCAGCCGGCCGCCAACCCGCAUCUCGGAGGCGUCUGCAACAGCCAUCCGGGAGAAACUACCGCAGGUGAAGCGACUCGUUGUUCACCGCCCUAUUAUGCGCAUGAUCGAGGAGAUUAUCACUGAAGACUUUCCUCGACUGAGAGGCAGUGACCAACCACCACCGCAGAUCAUUUCUCGGCGUGCAACCCCUUCAAUAGCUCGCCGGGAUCAGCAAACCCUUAACCGGCAGCUCCUCAACGCCUCGCCAGCACCAGUAUCAUUUGAGCUCCCAUUUGCAACGGGACAAAUGUACGUCGGCGACGAGACUGGGGUGGAGACUGCUGGAAUGAGCACUGACGAGCUGAUCGCUUUCCCGGGCAUCUUUGAUCUAGAUAGUUGGGCAUGA